AUGGCCUCCACAUCCCACGGCUUUAACUUCACACCCGCGGCGUCGUCCAACAUCGACCUCAGCAGCCUCGGCAGCAUUGGCAUUGCCGGCGAUUUUGCCGGCAUCUCCCUCUUCGAGUUCGAGGAGCAGAGCCAGACUUCUGCCGCCAGCAGUAGCGAGGGCCUCCUGGCCCGUUUGCCCAACAGCGCCUUUGCUACCGUCUUGACCACCGACGCGUCCAUCAUGUCCAUGUGCUCGCUCGUGCAGCAAGACGGCACCGGCGCCGGCGUCGUGCUGGGCGGCAACUUUACGAGCCUCGGCGACCAGCAGGCUACCGCCAUUGCUCUUUUCAACCCCAACACCUCCGCCGUCACACCGCUCACGGGUCUCCAGGGCCAGGUCUACACCGUCUUUUGCGACGAGGCUGACAAUUCUGUCUUUGUUGGCGGCAACUUUAUCGGCCCCAACUCCACCAACGCCAUUCGCUGGUCCAAGGAGAGCGGCUGGACGCCGCUGCCGUUUGCUGGCUUUAACGGACCGGUGAAGUCCAUCACCAGGGCGUCCAACGGCCACAUUAUUUUCGGUGGCAGCUUCACGGGCCUGGGCAACGCCAGCACCCCGACCCGGCAAGACGAGCAGAUUGUCAACAUUGCCUCGGCCAACGUGUCCGCCACCAAUUCGGCCGCCACCGCUGGCUUCUCUGAUCCGUCCAGCAUCGUCUGCAAGACGGACGGCUCGGACGGCGCUGGCAACACGUGGCUGCUGCAAGACGAUACGCCUGGCAGCUGGGAGGCCCGGUUUUCGUUUGGCUUCCAGCCUAGCAAGCUGCGGCUCUGGAACACGCACCUCGACGGCCGCGGCACCCAGACUUUCCGCUUCACGGCGCUCCCGCUCAACGGCAUCAUGAACUUUACGUACAUUGACCCUGCCACCGGCGCCAACGCCACAUGCACCAGCGAGUGCCCGCUCAGCGCCAGCAAAGACGUGGCGUUCCAGGACUUCCACUUUGUCAACAAUGUCGGCAUGGACGCCUUCCGCAUCGACAUCUCGGCGUGGUACGGCUCUGGCGGUGGCCUGGACGGCAUCGAGCUGUUUGAGAACGACAUCUUCGCAUACGCAAUCAACGACUUUAACGAACCGACUUGUGCCGUAUCCGCUUCCGAGGUGUCGUCCGCCUCCACUACAGGACCCUGGACCGUAUCACCCUCCUUCCAGAGCAGCUCCGAGUACCUGACUGCGCAGCUCGCGUCGCCCAUUUCCUCGUCUUCGGCGUCCGUCGUCUUUUCGCCCGACAUUCGCCAAUCAGGCAACUACACCGUCAACAUGUACACGCCCGGCUGCCUUCAGGACAACACCUGCAGCACGCGUGGCCAGGUCAACAUUACCGUCUCUAUGGUCGAGGGCGCGGAGCCCACGUCGGUCCAGCUCUUCCAGACCAACAACUAUGACAAAUAUGACCAGAUCUACUUUGGCUCUGUGAAUGCGCCCACCGGUGCCUUCCGCCCAACCGUCACGCUGACCCCGCUGAGCGGCCAAAAGCUCGACACCAUGACCCUGGUUGCCCAGCGCGUCGGCUUCACACUGCUCAACUCCACAGGCGGCCUCAAUGGCCUUUUCGAGUACGACCCGACCGCGUCUGCUGUUAACACCAGCGACUUCUCCUCGUCCGCCUUUGACACCCUCGGCGCAACUUUUGCCACCAACUCCGUUGUCAACGCGCUGGCGACCGGCGGCGACGUCACGUACAUUGCUGGCAACUUCACGUCGACGGCCGCCAACAACAUUAUCUCCGUCAACAGCGGCAACAGUUCGUCUGUCCAGACACUGGCCGGAAGCUUGAAUGGCGGCGUCUUGUCCAUGGUCUUGAACGGCACGAACCUGUUUGUUGGUGGCUCCUUUACCUCGACGGAAUCCAAUUCGGUGGCCGGCCUGAACCACGUUGCCGUCUUUGACACGGGCAAGAGCACCUGGAACCCGCUGGGGGCCGGUGUGGACGGCCCCGUUGUCGAGGUUGUCGCCAUGACGAUGAACGUUACGACCACCACGCCCGAGAUUGUCAUCGCCUUUACCGGCGGCUUCAAGACCAUUUUGGGUUACAGCAGCAAUGCGGCCGUGUCUGUGGACGGUUUCGCCAUCUGGGUGCCGGCGCAGAACAACUGGCUGCAGAACGUCAAGGGCAGCGUCCAGUCCGUCGACGGCACCCUGCUGUCUUCGCUGUUGGAUGUGCCCGGCUCCGGUGCGCUCUACGGCGGUUCCCUGUCGUUUGCGCAGGCAGGUACCAACGGCGCUGCUACUCUCACAAAUGCUGGUGUUGGCUCCUUUGGCAUUGACCUUCUCCCAUCACCGACGACCACGGCAGUUGCUUCCGCCACGUCGACUGCUGCUGCGAAAAAUGCCCACAAGCGCGACACCCUUGCUGGCAGCUCCGUCUCGGGUGUUGUGACGGGUCUCUUUGACACCAACAACGGCCGCAACAAGACGAUCCUCGGUGGCCACUUUUCGGCCAACUCGAGCAGUGGCACCCUGAUCCAGAACCUGCUAAUCAUCGACAACAAGAACAACGGCGUCACGACCGGCCUGGGCUCGAGCAUCGACCAGAGCUCUGCGUUUGUCGCGCUGGCCGUGACGGGCGACACGCUCUUUGCCGGCGGCAACGUGACCGGCGCGAUCAACGGCGCCUCCGUCAACGCCCUCGUGUCGUACAACAUUGCCACCGACAACUUCAACACCCAGCCACCCUCGCUGACUGGUGGCAACGGCACCGUGACGUCGAUCCAGGUCCGCCCCAGCGCCAGCGAUGUCUAUGUCGGCGGCACAUUUGCCUCGGCCGGCUCGCUCGGCUGCCCGGGCGUGUGCUACUUCAGCACGUCGGCGGGCCAGUGGAACCGGCCCGGCACCAACCUGGGCACCAGCUCGGUCAACGCCAUGGUCUGGACGACGGACUCGACCCUGUUGGCUGGCGGCAGCCUGAUUGUCAACAACACCGUGUCGACGGUGCUCGCGCAGUACGACGCCAGCAAGCAGGUCUGGUCGUCCUUCCCGGGCGGCGAUGACGGCACCAUCCCGGGCCCUGUCGCCCUCCUGGCGCUCGGUGCCAGCGACGGCAGCGAGCUCUGGGUGGCGGGCACGGCCGCCAAGAACGGGUCGCUGUUUCUGAUGAAGUACGACGGCAAGAAAUGGACGGACGCGUUCGGCGCCAGCGGCACCACAUUGGGCGCCGGCACCGACCUGCGCAGCCUGCAGGUGUUUUCGGUCACGUCGAACCACGCCGCUACGGAUCUGCUGGACGCUGGCCAAGUGCUGAUGCUGACGGGCGCCCUGGUCCUGCCCGGGUCGGGCAAGGCGUCCGCCGCCGUCUUCAACGGCAAGACGUUUGCGCCGUACGCACUGACGACGGCCUCGGUGGCCGGCGGCAACAGCAUUGCCAGCAUCUUUGUGGAACACAACAACUUCUUCACCGCCAGCAGCCGGGGCCACCUGCCGCUGGUGGCCAUUGUGCUCAUUGGCCUCGGCAUCUCGCUGGUGCUGAUGCUCGUGAUUGUGGCUGCGGGGCUUCUGCUGGACCGCAUCCGCAAGAAGCGCCAGGGGUACGUGCCGGCACCGUCCAACUAUGGGGGCUUGUCGCGCAUUCCGCCACAAGAACUGCUCGAGUCCCUGGGACGGCCACGUCCGACGGCACCGCAGGUGUAA